AUGGAGGAGCUGUACAAGGACGCCCCAAACCUGCCUAUGGAUGUCACCAGCUCGCCCUCGGCAAUGGCCAACAACAAGCUGGAGAACGGGGUGGCCCAGCUGAUCACGGCGGAGGCCUGGAACAUCAACUCGGCCGACUUGAUGAAGAAGGCCCUGUCCCCGCUGGUGACCGUCCCCGCACCCUCCAUCCUAACACCGCCGGCCGAGUCUCAGAGCGGGGUGGCCUUGAAGGUGGCGGCCACCGUGCUGCAGCCCAUCUGCCUGGGGGACAGCCCCGUCGUCCUGCCCAUCCACCUGCAGGUCGCUGGCAGCGCCGCCCCGCAGAUGCCAGCCACCAGCGCUGCCACCCCCUACGUCAUGACCACCCAGGGCCCCGUCCCGCUGCCCGUCCUCCUGGAGCAGCACGUCUUCCAGCACCUGAACUCGCCCCUGGUGCUGCCCCCGGGGGCUGCCUGCCCCGCCAGCCCCCUGCACACCGGCCUCUUCCCCAGCGCCCCCACCCCUGUUGGGCAGCCCCAGCUGCUGGACCCCAAGCCCUCCGGCCAAGCCCAGGAGCCCGUCCUGCCCCCCGUCUUUCAGACGCCGGGGUUUGCCGCUGUCCUUCAGGACUUGUUUCCCUCACAGGGUGCCCUGGGCUCUACCCCCUGCCAGCCCCCGCCCGACUACGCCGCCCUCCCGCCCCAGGCCUUCAGCUCGCCCCUCUCCCCGCUGGUGCCCCCCGCCACGCUGCUGGUGCCCUACCCCGUCAUCGUGCCCCUGCCCGUCCCUGUCCCCAUCCCCAUCCCCGUCCCCAUCCCUGUGCCCCACGGUGCCGAAGCCAAGGCGGCCCCCGACCCACCCAAGCCGCCGCUCUUCACCCCCCACUCCUGCAAGGGGACUCAGACCCCCCUGGAGAAGGAGGAGACGAAGCCCUUCGACCUCCUCCACCCACGGGAGUUUCCCCAGCUGAGCCGCCACACCGUCAUCAAGAUGGGCGGCGAGAAUGAGGCGCUGGACCUCUCCAUGAAAGGGCCACCCACGCCCCGGGCCGGCGAGGCUGCCCCGCCACCACCGCCUGAGGACGGGGCCCUGGACCUGUCCCUCGCCUCCUGCCGCAAGCCGGGGGGGCCCCACGGGGAGGUGGCUGGCGCCGGCCCCGCCACCGCCGAGGCUGGUGUUCACCCCGUGCCGGACAAGCUCCCCGGCCCAGCCGCCCCCUUCACCCCUUGCAAGCCCCAGGAGGCGUCGGGCAAGGCGGAGGGCAGGGGGGUGGGCGGCGGGGCAAGCGAGCUGCUGCGGCAGCCGCAGAAGUGGCUGGUGGAGCAGGCCGGCAGGGCGGGCUGUGAGCCCAAGGCCAGCAACAACAUCGAGAUCGUCAGCACCUCACAGACAGCCAAAGUCAUCGUCUCCGUCAAGGACGCCGUGCCCACCAUCUUCUGCGGCAAGAUCAAGGGCCUGUCGGGGGUCUCCACCAAAAACUUUUCCUUCAAAAGGGACCUGCCCCAGGACUCGGUGCUGCAGUGCUACGACGUGAAGAGCCCGCCUGAGCCCCGGGACAGCGCCGAGGCCCUCAGGAAACCCGUCAAAAACAGGAGCGUAAAGCUAAAGAAAAUGAACUCGCCGGAGAUACAUAUUCUUCCAAUCAAGAAGCAACGGCUCGCUGCCUUUUUUCCAAGAAAGUAAAUUAUGGGUUUUUAGAAUUUUAAGAUUAUUAUGAGAAGAAGAAGAAGAAGAAGAAGAAGAAAAAAUAAUA